AUGCCGCCAAAACGCUGGGCAAGGCCGAACCAGAGGGGCGAAAGUGGCGAGAACGCCUACACGACCGCCGCGCUGCUACAGUUUAUAUGCGAUGAGGUCCGCAGCAACAACUGCCUCGGCCUGUCGGAGGAGGAGCUAACCGGGAUGGCAGCCGAGCUAGUGCACGUAAAGACGCGUGCAGAGGUGUCGGAGUGGGCCAGAACGCUGAUGCUAUCCGACACCUUUGUUGCUGAGGUGACUAAGCGGCGAGAGCAGUCGGGCCCAGCCUUUGAGGCCGAGAGUCUCUCGAACGCGCCAUCCAGCUCGAGCGCAUCGGCCGGGGGAGGUGCAGGUGGUACGCUCAACGUAACGAAGCGCGGCGUCGGAGGUGCGAAGCGAGGCAAGCGCGGCGUCCAUGUCAAUCAGAACCCCAAGACAAGCACAUCCGGCGAGGCACUGAGGCCGGGCCGCUUUGAGUGCGGCUGCUUUGCCACGGUUCACAACCUGCGUGGAAGCUGUGCUAACUGCGGCCGGGUCAUCUGCGAGCAGGAGGCGGACGACGUGUGCUACGCCUGUGGACUGGAGCCAUCCCGAUGCAUCGCGUACGAGAUCUCGGUCCAGGAAGGCAAGCUGAGCGAGGCGGCCCAGCAGCACAAUCAGGAGGACUAUACAGCAGCGGUGGAGCGGCGCGACCGCUUGCUGGAGUACGCGCAGAAUCGCGCGAAGCGAACCACCGUUAUCGACGACCAGUCAGCCACGCUAUUCUCGCCGCAGAGUGCGUGGAUGUCCCCAGAGGAGCGCCGAGGUGCCGAGAAGUCCGCCGCGGAAAGGGACCGGCAGCUCAACAUCGAGCUCAUGCACCGCCAGCGCGGCGCCUAUCAGGUGCAUAUGGAGUUUGUGUCGCAGAGCCUGGCGCUGGGAGCGCGCAAGGAGAAUUCCGGCGGAGCGGCCAGAGAUGGCGCCGUCACGGAGGCGGGUGCGGAGGACGAGGAGCCGCACGAUGCGGACGAAAGUGUCGUGCCCACCGGCGCAGAGCCGCUUCCGUCGCUGCUGCAGAAAAUCUGGUACAGCCCCGACGGCACGCGAGUCGAGUCAGCGACUAGUGGCAAAAAGGACAAGAGCGGGUCUGGGCACUGCGGCAACACUGUGGACUUAAACUUGCCAGCUCAAGAGGGGUCCUCGAUGCCUAUGACGUCGCGACCAACGCAGCGCCGCUUCGAGGAGGUCUCUCGACGAGUACAGCAGAGCUACUUUGAAGACGAUGUGGAGGUGUUUGCUGAGGAGACGGUGGAGGCGGAGAAGACAAAGUCGAAGCUGAUUAUUGUGCCUCAGGCGCUGCUUGAGGAAGAUCAAGACGCGGCGAUCGAGCACGACACUGAAGCCGCCGGUGGCUCCCCCAGCCCGCCGCUCGUGGAUCCGUCUGCUGUGGCGUGGCCCUCUCGCUUCGCCGUGACAUCCAUAAUGCGCAACACAGAUGAAGGCAUUUGUUUAUCCAUGCACCAGCCGUGGGCGAGCCUGCUUGUGGCCGGAAUAAAGCGGCACGAAGGUCGCGUAUGGGAGACCACGUAUCGCGGCCGUCUAUGGAUUCACGCGGCCGCGUCACAGCCGAUAAACGUGGAGGAGGUGGAGGCGCAUUACUCAAAGUUUAUGUCGCCAGGCCAGGUGUUCCCGAAGCACUAUCCUACCAAGGUACUGCUUGGGUACGUCUAUGUAACGGACUGCCUCGAUCGAGAGGCGUACGAGACUGCAUUCAAGCCGGAGGAGCGCCAAGAGGAGUCCCCGUACUCUUUUAUUUGUGUGGAACCAAAGGCGCUACUAUUUCCGCUGCCCAUGAACGGCAAUCACAAGCUCUUCUCUCUCGAGCACCGUGUACACGUUGCUGCGCAGAAGCAACUGGGCGAGAUCGGUUGA